AUGACAACAGCAGAAGAAACUUCAAACUUGGAUCUCAUACGCCAACAUCUCUUAGGUGAAAACAUCUCAGACUCCUUGUUCUCCAACCUCCAUCCUGUGAAACUUGAAGCCCCCUCAUCACCAGAGUUUGAUUUCAGCUCAUUUAUUUCAGACAACACCAGUUUCUUCACUUUCCUUCAAGGGUAUGAUUUGGUGGCAGACAUGGAGUUUGUUGAUCACAAGGCCGUGAAGUCCACAGCAACAACAACCAUCACCAUCCCCUCUAAGGAACCAAAGAAAUGCAAUUCUCCUGAACCAAUGGUAUCAUCAGAAGAGAAGGGAAAGAAGGCAGAAAAUGAUGAGGCAAAGCGUUACAGGGGAGUUAGGAGAAGGCCUUGGGGCAAAUUUGCUGCUGAAAUCCGUGACCCUACAAGGAAAGGGACAAGGGUUUGGCUUGGCACUUUUGACAGUGAAAUUGAUGCUGCUAAGGCCUAUGAUUGUGCUGCUUUCAAGAUGAGGGGUCAGAAGGCCAUUCUGAACUUCCCUCUUGAGGCUGGAGAGUCUGAUCCAAAGCCAAACAGUUGUGGCAGGAAAAGGAGAAGAGAGAGCCAUGAAUUGGAGCUGUCACAAGUCCAAGUUCAUCAUGGUGUGUCCUGA